AAAAACAUAUAAAAAACAAUGAGUAACCCUAUCUGGUCGGUCAGCACUGAUAAUAACAAUCUGUCCCUCAAAGGUAUCAACAAAAAAAAGAUGGAUCCGGAGGUCUACUCCGUAACAUCCGAUGAUAUGAUCGAUGGCAACAACUAUUGGAAUCGCUUUCAGAAGACAUUUGGAGUAUUUUGGUUGACAAAACAAAUUUUGCCCAAAGAUGCCGAUAAGGGAAGCAUUAUUAAGACUACGCUCCGGGAGCUAUUGAUUUACGUAGCCUUCCUAACAACCAUAACCUAUAUAACUUUUUCGAUGAUGAACCCGACAAUGUACUAUCAGACCAAAAUCAUGAGUGACCUGUUCCUCGAUAGGGCCGACAGCAGUGGCGUAACAUUCAGGUCGGCCUCACAGAUGGAUGACUUCUGGAAAUUCGCUGAGGGACCACUAAUGGACGGCCUGUAUUGGGAACGUUGGUAUAAUAACGACUCGUUGAUUACGAAAAAUUCAGUUUUGUAUGAAAACUAUUUGCUGGGAUCGCCUCGAUUGAGACAAUUGAAAGUCAAAAACGACUCGUGCGAAGUGCACCGGGACUUUCAGCGGGCAAUCUUUACGUGCUAUAACUUCUAUGCCCAGGUAUUCGAGGACAGGGAGGCUAGUGGUGGCAAAAACGAUAGUAGUUUCCAGUGGCAAGAGAUCAAGUCGUUUGCAAAGAACGAUGUUUGGGGUAUUUUGGGCACCUAUUCGGGUGAAGGCGGCUAUAUUGUCGAUCUGACACUCAACAAGAGUGUGGCCGCCGCCAAAAUUAAGGAUUUGAAAAAAAAUCUCUGGAUCGAUAGGGGUACCCGAGCCAUAUUCAUCGACUUUACCACCUAUAACCCGAACAUCAACCUGUAUGUGGUAACCAAACUGAUUGCCGAAUUUCCUGCCACCGGCGGUAUGCUGACUUCGUGGCAAUUUCGUACACUAAACCUGUUGGAAAACUCGUCGGACGCACCGAUAGCACUCUACAUGUGCUUUACAUUGUUUGUCAUGUUUAUCAUCUACUAUAUCAUUGAAGAGUUGGUCGAAAUCAAGACAAUGGGUUUUUGGCCGUACUUUACGAGUUCCGGUUGGAAUCUGUUGGACAUCUUUACGAUACUUAUAUCAUCGUUAUUGGUAUUCUUCCUGUUCUAUCGUAAGUAUGUCAUCAAUAAGAUCUUCGACGAAGCAGACACUGACAACAACGACAACAACGAGUCAUCGGCCGACGGCGAGACACAGACACCGAUGCAGAACAGUUCGUCGGCCGCCCUCCAGAUCGAGACCUACCAGUUCGAUACAUUGGGUUUCUGGUCGGCACAGUUCAGCAAUAUGUUGGCCGUACUGUCGUUUAUAGCUUGGGUCAAACUAUUCAAAUAUAUUAGCUUUAAUAAGACAAUGUCACAGUUAACCUCUACUUUAAGCCGGUGCGCCAAAGAUGUGGCCGGUUUCGGUGUCAUGUUUUUCAUCGUAUUCUUUGCAUUUGCACAGUUGGGUUAUCUAUUGUUUGGCACUCAAGUAAAAGAUUACAGCAGUUUCGGUAAAUCAGUGUUUACACUAUUGAGACUGAUUUUGGGUGACUUUGACUUCCAGGCCCUGGAGGCGGCCAAUCGUGUAUUGGGACCCAUAUUCUUCUUGAGCUACAUAUUCUUUGUGUUCUUCGUGCUGAUGAACAUGUUUUUGGCCAUAAUUAACGACACGUACGCCGAGGUCAAGGCCGAGAUCGGCAACGACGAAGAGUUUGCAGUAAUGGACUAUUUCAAGAACAUCUCCAACCAGAUUAUGACCAAAUUGGGCGCUCAGAAGGAACAGAUCGAAGGCAUACAACAGGCCAUCAAAGAUUCAGGACUUAACGGCUCGAAAACGGUUAGCUUUGCGUCCGUCCGAUUGAAACUCAAGGAACGUGGUCUGAGUGACCAGGAAAUCGAAAUGCUGUUCUCCAAGUAUGACUGCGACCAGAAUCGGGAACUCGACGAACAAGAAUUGCAGAAAAUGUUUGCCGAUUUGGAGGGCAAGAAAAGUGAGAUCGAGAAAGAGAUUGCCGAAAACGAAAACAAACGGCCGGAAAGCGCUCGCAGUAUGUAUCGGUUCGCUGGCGGCGGCGGCGGCGGUGCCGACGUCAGCAAACUGACCAAACGGGUCGACCGUAUGGAGUACACGUUGACGGUUAUCUCGUCCCGUAUUGACUCGGUGUUGGGCGGAAAGGUAUUGUUGGCGCCACAGCCGGACAAGAAUCGGGUCGAUGAGGAAGACCUGGAGGACAGACCCUAAAUAAAAUCAAUAACAUUAUGGAUAAUAACUUAUUAAUUAAAAAAUGAAAAAUAGCUUCUGCUUUAGAUUAGAUUAAUUGCCGAAAAAAAUAAAUUAUAAAUUAAUAUUAUUUUAGAUUUUAGUUUUAAUCUCAAAAAACAAAUUAUACGCUUUAAGACAUGCUUAACGCUAAUCAACAACAAAAAUAAUAAUCACUAAACUUAGCAUGCUUAUUUUAUUUAAAAAAUAUCCAGGGUCCUAUUAAUCAAUUUCACACCACUAAUAAUAAUGUUAUAAUAAUGAAAAUAUUUUUUUUUGUUAAUAAAUAGUACAAAGCAAUU